UGCAAAUAUAAAUAGCAACAAAACUUGCUGAUUAUGUCACAGAAUAUUGAGAACAAACCACCAUGCCUAAAUUAGAUAGAAAGUCCCUUAAGUCCUAUCUAUUUCAUCAAACAUCCUCUCUGAGUUUUUAUUACUAAGUAGCACGUCUACUAUUCAAUCAUAGAAUUGAUUCCGAUCCAGCUGAAAAAAGUCGUCAGCCCUAUAUAUGUUAUUACUAUCGAGACAGUGCACAGAUCGUUACACUUGUCGUUCGAAAAUGACGGCUGAACAAAUGGGAAACUGGGGAGUUAUAGAAGAAGAAUGGAGAAAAGGCCCUUGGACUGCUGAAGAAGAUAGAUUGCUCAUUGAAUAUGUAAAUUUACAUGGUGAAGGUAGAUGGAAUUCUGUUGCUAGACUUGCAGGAUUGAAAAGAAAUGGAAAAAGUUGUAGGUUGAGAUGGGUGAAUUACUUGAGGCCAGACCUUAAGAGAGGGCAGAUAACACCAUAUGAAGAGAAGAUUAUUCUUGAACUUCAUGCUAUAUGGGGUAACAGAUGGUCGACUAUUGCUAGAGGCUUGCCAGGGAGAACUGAUAAUGAGAUCAAGAACUAUUGGAGGACUCAUUUCAAGAAAUCAAGCACUGAUAAGUCUCAAAAGACUAAAGCUCGUCUUUUAAAAAGACAAUUGUUUCAACAGCAACAACAACAACUAAACAACCAGAACGACAUAAAAAGGCUUGUAUUGUUGUUUGAGGAAAAUGAGAAUAAUAAUGAAGUUCCAAAUUUGUCUCAAGAGAAGCAAGAAAUGGCAUUUUUGUACCAAAACACAGCUGAGCAAGAGCAAGGUGGUGGCUUCUUCUACUCCACUGAGGCCUCAUCAAAAUAUGAAGACAUCAUGUGGGAUUAUGGCUUAUGGAAUUUGGAUGAUUUUAAUGCCAAUUUAAACAUUGGAGCUUAUAACAAUAGUUUACCUUGUAUGCAAACUUUGGCUACUCCUUUCCAUUGAAUCCUAUAAUCACUUAGAAUAAAUUCCU